AUGCAGAAUCGUUGGGCCUUGACUGGCCAUGCCUCCGCCGCGAAACCACCGUCUCCAACCUCCGGAAACACAAACCUCCCGCCACCCCACCCCCCUGAUCCCCCAGAUCCCACUUCCUCUCUUUCUCCCGUCCAAUUUCCUCCUCUUUCCUCUACUCCACCGAAAUCUCGUUCUGAACUGCGGAGAUCUCAUUUGACUCUUGCUCUUGGUGAUUCUACCAAGUCAUUAACUACCUCCCCGCCCACAAAGGCUUCUCUUCCUGAACUAGCUCCUCGAUUUGGCAGCUUCACUGAGAUUGAAUCUCAAAUUACUAUUCCUGCUACAGGAAACCCUUGUUCACUUGUUGCAACACAAACUGAGAGUCUCUCCUCAAUGGAGGAACCUCCUACCAUCACCACUCGCCCUACCUCUAACCCCCUAAAGGUCCUCUUGCCCAACCAUAACUCCCCUUUGAUUACCAACCGUGCCUCUUUAUACACUCAGACCUCAAACCAUAAACUCCCUGUCCACUCUCCUGUCCAAAAUCCUGACCUUCCUACAAAUUCUAACUUACCUAGCAAUUCUCUCCCUUCCAUUGUCACUCCAAACCUCCCUCCCAUUUUCCAGUCUCCCCCCGUAGCAGCUCUGCCUACUCUUGCUGAAAAGCUUCGAGUAAAAGGUGACAAGACCCUGCAGAGACUUGCUCCGAUUACCAUGGCUGAAUCAGGAAGACCUCGUGUGCUUAUCCCUGACUCAGUUUUUCAGAAGGGAGCUGAGCUCCAUAAAGACUUCAUCAUCUGUUACUUCAAUGGUCGUCCUCCGCCAUUUAAUCAGAUACAGAGCGUCUUGAAUCACAUGUGGGGAAAGGGCAGACGCCUUGAGAUACAUAACAAUCCCCUGCAGCGCUCUGCAAUUGUUAGAAUCCAAAGUGAGUUCCUUAGGGAAAAAAUUUUGGACAAAAACAUUUGGUAUAUAGGUGAUUCAAUGUUCCAUACUGCACAAUGGUCAUCUGAGCACUCUUCCUCCACUCCUCCUCUCAGUGCCAUAAAAAUUUGGGCCCAUCUCACUGGCGUACCUCUUGACCUACGGUACCAACAAGGGCUUAGUCUGGUUGCUGGUCUAAUAGCAGAUCCAAAGGAAACUGAUGAUUUCACUCUGAAUUUGGUGAGUCUAACCUUGUCUCAUGUGAAGGUGGAAGUUGACCUCACAAAGCCCCUUCCUACGGUUGUUGAAUUUGAAAGACAGAGUGGAGAGGUUGUUGAAGUCAAGGUUGACUACCCGUGGCUUCCUCCAACUUGCUCACAUUGUCAUGAGCUUGGGCAUGUGAUCCGUAACUGCUUGCACUACUCUCCUCCGAAGGAUGCUCCGGCCCCUGCUACCACUGAGUCUAUUCAAAAGCAAAAACCAAAAGGUCCAGAAUCAUCGAAAAAAACUCCUGCAAAAGCUCAAAAAAAUAAACACUAUGUUCCCAUUAAAAGGCCACCUCCUCCCUCCACCCCUCCAGUUUUACCUCCUCCUAUUACCCCCUCAAAUUCCAUCUCACUACCCUCUAGCCCCUCUGCUUUUAAACCCCCUUUAUUUUUUAAAUCUAAGACCUUCAUCCCACCCCUUCCCUCCAUGGAUAGUCCUUCUGACAAACCACCAAAGCCUUCCCUUAAACGUUGUCGAUCUUCUCCCUCCCUCUCCCCUCCUGUUUCACUAAAACCCCCUUUUCAAAACUCUAAUCCCAUUAACCCUCCCCCUCCCCUUUUCCCUGUUAUUGGUACUGUCCAAGAAUGGCACUAUCUAUCUAACCAUCAGACAGAUGAGGAUGGUAGAAUUGUACUCAUUUGGAAAGAUCCAGCUAAGGUGCGCUUGCUCAAUCAAUCAAAGCAGAUGAUUACAUGUGAAGUUGAACUUCCAAAUUGUUCUCCUUUCAUCUACUCUGCCAUCUAUGCAUCUAAUAUAAGUGAAGAAAGAGCUGACCUAUGGGUGGAGCUCUUGAACGUCCAAUCUGCGCUUGCCUUAGAUUCUAAACCGUGGAUGAUUGGAGGCGACUUCAAUCAGAUUCUUCGCAGUCAUGAGCAUUCAUCCUUCUGUCAUAGCAACCACUCCACUCAAAUGUUCCAGUUUCGGGACUGUCUGCUCCAGCUGGGAGUGUCUGAUCUUCGGUUUUAUGGCCCUGUUCACACUUGGACAAAUAAAUGUGAUGCUGCCCCUGUGGCUAAAAAACUUGACAGAUGUCUGAUUAAUAGCGAAAUCCUCACCACUUUCCCAAACGCCUCUGCUACCUUUCUUCCCCCUGCCCCCUCAGACCACUCCCCUUGUCUUAUUGAUCUUGCUUUUCAGCUUCCCAAAGCCGGAACCCAACCUUUCCGUUUCCUAAACUACCUAACCAAACAUCCGUGUUUUCUAGAGGUUGUGACUGAUGCUUGGUCUCUCGCCGGAAGUGUGUCUGUCAACCUUGCGUCUCUGUGCUGGAAGCUUAAAAACAUUAAAAGGAGUCUCAAAACACUAAAUAAAGAAAAAUUUUCUAAUAUUCAACUGAGAGUUAAAGAGAUUUACAGUUUGUUACAAAUUGCGCAGGUACAAGCACUCUCCGACCCCUCUCCCCAAUCCUUUGCUGAGGAACAUGAGCUAAACCAGAAAUGGCAUUUCCUGGGGCAGAUCGAAGAGUGUUUCUUCCAGCAGAAAUCGAGAAUUACUUGGCUAAGGGAAGGUGACCUAAAUACAACUUACUUUCACCGCAUCUGUCAAGUGAGAGCCAGCUACAAUGCUAUCCGCUCCUUCCUCCUUCUCGCUGGUACUAUCAUUACUGAUCCGAUGGAGAUGAGUGCCCAUGCCGUUGCCCACUUCAAAGCAGUACUAGGGCCCGACAAUCUGCCAAUGAUUUGGUAUUCCAGGUUGGACUGGUUUCAAAGCUUGACGUCGGUCAGAUGCUCGCAGCAGCAACAAGCCGCUAUUCUCCUGAUGCCAACUACAGAGGAAAUCACAAAGCUUAUGUUCUCGCUAAAUCCUAACAAAGCGCCAGGGCCAGAUGGGCUUACCUCCGGAUUUUUCAAAGCAUCAUGGUCGCUGCUGGGGGCUGAAACUAUCAUCUCCAUCCAGGAAUUCUUCAACUCCGGUUUCCUGCCAAAAACUACAAACUCAACGAUCUUGUCUUUGGUCCCAAAGUUCCCGGGAGCCUCAAAAAUCACAGACUACAGGCCCAUCUCUCUACUUAAUACUAUCUACAAGGUGAUUUCAAGGCUACUGGUGCGAAGACUUAAGCCUAUUCUACCUCAACUUAUCUUGCCAAAUCAGACAGCUUUUGUAGAAGGGAGAUUACUUGUGGAAAAUACGGUUCUAGCUAGUGAACUUGUGAAUGGUUACCAUAAGAAUCGAGGUUCAAAGACGAUUACCAUAAAGGUUGACAUUGCGAAAGCUUUUGACACAGUCUCAUGGGAGUUUCUCUUUUCAGCCCUGGAAAGCUUAGACCUACCAGCUCCCUUCACGCGCCUCCUGAGAGCUUGCAUCUGCACAACUACAUUCAUGGUGGGUUAUAAUGGAACGGUGAGUGGUUUUUUCAAAGGUAGAAGAGGACUACGGCAGGGAGAUCCCCUCUCUCCCUACCUUUUUGUAAUUGCGAUGAACUAUCUUUCACUGAUGUUAGAUAAAGAAGCGAGGUCUGGAAAUGUCUCUUACCAUCACCAAUGCCAUAAGACAAAGUUGACUCAUCUCUCGUUUGCGGACGAUCUCUUGAUCUUCAUAGACGGAUCUAUUGAAUCUGUGCAACGGGUUCUUCAGAUUCUGCAUGAAUUUGAGAGAAGAUCAGGGUUAGCAGUUAGUCUCCAAAAAUCAAGUUUCUUUGCUUCCGGACUUUCUGAUCAGGAAAUUAUGGCCAUUCAGGCUUCUACGGGAAUGUCUAAUGGGAGUCUCCCUAUGCGUUACCUAGGUGUUCCCCUGACUACAAAGAAACUAACCUUACACAACUGCGAGCCUCUCUUACAGCAAAUCAAGCAGCGUUUCUCUUCCUGGUCUGUAAAAGCUUUGUCAUUUGCGGGUCGGCUGCUACUUAUUAAAACUGUUAUAGCAGGAGUUUCCACUUUCUGGUGCUCCAGUUUCAUCCUCCCAAAGGCCUGCAUUAACAGAAUAAAUUCACUAUGUGGUCUCUUUUUAUGGAAUGGAAGCAUUGAAGGCCAUCACUCUGCAAAGGUGGGUUGGGAGACGGUGAUUCUUACCAAAGAGCAAGGAGGGCUGGGUGUCAAAGACCUUCACAGCUGGAAUCUUGCUUGUAUUCUGAAGCUUAUCUGGCUCUUGUUCUUUCGUCCUACUUCGGUGUGGGUUUGCUGGUUUAAAGAAGUCAUAUUAAAUGGAGAUGUAUCAAACUACUGGACGAUCAAUACAAGCACCAAGAAUUCCUGGUUAGUGAACAAAAUGAUCAAGGCAAGACACCACAUUUACCCGCUGUUGAAAAGAAGACUGGGAAAUGGAGAGACUACUCGGUUUUGGUUUGACAACUGGUCUUCUCUCGGGAAUCUGUAUACUUAUCUCAAUGCUAGUUCCUCCCGGUUAGGCAUCUCAAGAGCAGCGACAGUCGCAUCUCUCUUCAGUGAAGGAGCCUGGCGCCUCCCCCCAGCCAGAACUGAGAAUCUUCUCGCUUUGCAGAUUCACUUGACUACUGUGAACCUUUCAGGCAAUGAUGACUACUAUGAGUGGGAAGUGGACGGAAGACAGAGGCAUAAAUACAAUACUGGUGAGGUUUAUGCUUACCUUAGGGGGGUCCGACCUCCUGUCCCAUGGGCGAAGAUUGUGUGGUUCUCUUAUGGUAUUCCUCGCCACAGUUUUCUCACUUGGCUGGUAGUGCUUGACCGGUGCCCUACAAGAGACAGGUUAAAUGGAUGGGGGCUUAAUGUUGAUCCCUCCUGUUUGCUUUGUAAUACUAACCAUGAGAGUAGGAACCACCUCUUUUUUGAAUGUUCCUACAGCUAUCGCAUCUGGACUCAGAUCGCAACUAGAUGCCAGCUACCACCACUCUCCACUUGGGUCGACACCGUUAAUCAACUGCAGGCUCUUCGCUCAAAUAGAGACUCCCGCCGACUCACUCUGCUAGCUGUGCAAGCCACCGUCUACUGGAUUUGGACUGAGCGUAACUCCAGACUUCACCAACAAGUCUUCAAGUCACCAGAAACGAUCAUCUCCACAAUUGACAAGCAGAUUCGUAAUCGCCUUCAGAGUUUCAGAAACACUAACCCGCGGGCCUCCUCGGCGACGAUUCAACUUUGGUUUCAGGGAUCAUAA